UUAGGUUAAGGGGUUAGUAAGGGACAUCGAUCGUUAUAGAAGUUUUCUCUUCAGAAGCGAGGUUCCAGGUCAAGAGUGGAAUACGUCAUGUUGAAACAACUAGCCUGUAUGUAAGAUGUAUGAAUAACCUUGACGAGAUUACAUAUUACUCAUAAACUUGGAAUUCCAUAUCAUAAACGGUCCUGUGUCGCAUAUCUUAACUCGAAAAUAAAUGACUUGAGGAGAUGGGUACGUUGUGUGUCCCUUUCGCAGGUCCUCUGCAUACAUAGAACAUCUAACUACGAACCUGCUGAGAGAGCCAGCCUUAGCAACACAAUGAUCAAAGUCCACAUGCACAGUAUAAAAUAUGGAAUGUUCCAAAAUAAGUGAACAACUCACCUUUACAAGCUCCAAGAACUCUUUCAAGUUAUUCCAAGAAUAAUCUUCCAGUCGUCGUGAAAAGUCACUGCGAAUAGGCCUCAGCUUCUUGUCAUCUCGAGAAGAAUGUCAUGAAACGUUCAUGAUAUUGCUCGUGCACAAUCGCUUCUCAGUGUUCGCUGACACCCACCUUGUUGGCCACAGGGAUUCUCAGAAAAAUAACUUACUCAGGACAUUGACAACUGCAGCGAGAGAAAACUCGGAAUUCAGAUACACAAGCUUUUGUGUGCUGGGAAGCGGAGCAGAAAACAGGGAUCCAGAUUAACCAAGGUAGCGUAGCAGGAACCGAAGCGAAUAGUGUUUGGGAUCAGGGUUUCAAAGGCCGCUUCCUUCCCUACAAUAGUAAUCCAUCAUUUCAUGAAAGAGCGACAAUGCUGCUGCAAUCAAGAUCCAGCGAUUCUUAGUCGCCAUCAUCCUGUCAGCUGGACGCUAACAUUGGUACCACUCACUUGGCGGUUCGAAGGGCUCCUACCGUUGGUUGGCACUUGGUUUCUCAUUGACAUUCGAAGGAGGCAGAAUGGUUUUACGGUCUCUGAAAUGGACGGUAACUGCUAAAAAAUGAAUAACUGUCUGAAGGAGCAACAAGUUGUCUUACUUCCAGGAUCAACCAAAGCAGUUCAAUGCCUUAAGGAAGUUUCUGUGCACAUUGGAUAGGUGAAGAUGUUGACUUUGCAGGAGGAAGAUUUUGAAAGUGAGGUGAAGGUGGUUGUAGUUGGCAAUGGAUGCGUUGGUAAGACAAGCAUGAUCAAACAAUUUUGCAAAGGCCAAUACAGCGAUGAAUAUAAGAAAACCAUUGGGGUAGACUUCCUGGAGAAGCAUCAAUUUGUACAAGCGUUGGAAGAAGAGGUGAAACUAAUGCUCUGGGAUACAGCAGGACAAGAGCAGUUCCAUUCUAUUACACGCUCUUACUACAGAGGUGCUAAGGCAGCAGUACUUGCAUUCUCAACCACGGACAGGGAGUCGUUUAAUGCCAUCCCUCUUUGGAAGCACAAGGUGGAGGAAGAGUGUGGUCCCAUACCAAUGGUAUUAGUGCAGAAUAAAGUAGAUCUCCUUGAGGAAGCUGUUAUUUCCAGGCAAGAAGCGGAAGAAUUGGCGAAUGAGUUAGGGCUGAGAUUUUACCGCAUUUGUGUGAAACAGAACCUUUACGUAUCUGAUGUGUUUGAGUAUCUAGCCGAGAUAUACCUACAGAAAGAUCCAAGCCAAUGCUCGCAAACACCUCGGAUCUCCAUAAUUGGCAAACCGCCAUCCGUGCCGACCCUGAACUUCCCACCAAGGAUUGGGCCAGAGGUAGUGGAUCCUUUGUAUGUAACAUCGACAAAGGUCACAGACAUUCGGAGACACCGUCGUGGCCGCAGCAGAAUCCUGUCAGACUGCACAAUACUCUAA